GCUUUAAAGAAGAAAGGGGAUUUUAUCCAGUACAACUGAGGCAGGACAUAUCAACCUUCUCUCUCUUUUUCUUUGGAGCUCUGAAAAUGGCGCAACCUCAGUAGCCAUCAUCUUCCUUGUCCUUCUUCCUCCGACUUUUGCAACAAAAUGCGCUCAAAGGACAAAAUCGCCUACUUUUACGACGGGGAUGUGGGUAGCGUCUACUUUGGACCGAACCAUCCCAUGAAACCACACCGGCUAUGUAUGACCCAUCAUCUUGUCCUCUCAUAUGACCUCCACAAGAAGAUGGAAAUUUAUCGGCCCCAUAAGGCAUAUCCGGUGGAGCUUGCGCAAUUCCAUUCAGCUGACUAUGUCGAGUUUCUGCAUCGGAUUACGCCCGACACACAGCACUUAUUCUCGAAUGAACUGGCAAGAUAUAACCUUGGAGAAGAUUGCCCUGUAUUUGAUAACUUGUUUGAAUUUUGUCAAAUUUAUGCCGGUGGAACAAUAGACGCUGCACGUAGGUUGAACAAUAAACUUUGUGACAUUGCUAUAAAUUGGGCUGGCGGACUACACCACGCCAAGAAGUGCGAGGCAUCUGGAUUUUGUUACAUCAAUGACUUGGUCUUGGGGAUCUUGGAGCUUCUAAAACAUCAUGCCCGAGUAUUGUACAUUGACAUAGAUGUGCAUCAUGGUGAUGGCGUAGAAGAAGCUUUUUAUUUUACUGAUAGGGUGAUGACGGUUAGUUUUCACAAAUUUGGGGAUAUGUUUUUCCCAGGAACGGGUGAUGUUAAGGAAGUAGGAGAAAGAGAAGGAAAGUUUUAUGCCAUCAAUGUCCCACUGAAGGAUGGAAUAGAUGACACUAGCUUCAAUAGACUUUUCAAGACUAUUAUUUCCAAGGUUGUUGAAACAUAUCUACCAGGCGUGAUAGUUCUCCAAUGUGGGGCAGAUUCUCUUGCUGGAGACCGCUUGGGCUGCUUCAAUCUGUCCAUUGAUGGUCAUGCUGAAUGUGUUAGGUUUGUGAAGAAAUUCAAUUUACCCUUACUGGUUACAGGAGGUGGUGGAUACACGAAAGAGAACGUUGCUCGGUGUUGGACUGUUGAAACUGGAGUUCUUCUUGAUUCAGAACUUCCUAAUG